GAGUCAGGGUGAAGGACAGGGCCUGUCUCAUGUGUUACAACUGUUCCUGCUCCUGGAGCUGCCCAGCAUGUCUGUCCUCACCACCUCCCAGCAAAUAGAUCUGUUGUCUGUGCUGAGGAGAGAGCUUGGUCAGCUGGGCACAGACCAGAGGGUGAAGUUCUCCAGAGCUGCCCACAGUGCCCUGAACAAGGUGCUGAACAACCAUGCUGACCAGAGAGAGAAACAAGAAGUUAUGGAAAAGGCUAUUCCCCACAUUGCUGACGCAAUGCAGACUGUCCUGCGGUACAGCACUGAUGAUGGCUUCAGGAACAGGUGCUUUGCUGCUGUCCAGGUGGAGGACAGCAGACAGCUGGCCACCGCUGUGUCUGCCAGACUCUGGGACAUCGCUGCUGACAAGUACCAGGUCACUCCACCAGACAGUGUCAGGGACAGCCAGAUUGUUCCUAAUGUUGGAGCAGUAGCAUCAGCAUCAGCUCCACUUCAGAACUCCUGUACAUCCUCAGAUCACCAACAGUCAGCAGUUCCCAGAGUAGCAGCCUGUACGGAACCCUCAAGUUCUGAACCUGUCUUGGAUCCAGCCAUGGAACUUCACUCUCAGAUACUGGAUGAAGACUGGACCAGCCCUGGCUUUACUGACUCUGUGGGACUUCUAGAUGGUCUACCACAGGAGAGUUCUGAUGGCAUGGCAGCAGCUGAUGUCUGUCGUGAUGAUGGAGAAACAACUUUCAACUCAGACAAGGUUGAAGCACCUGUACUUGAAGAUGACUGGUUCAGUCAAGUAAUCCUGGAUGGUAAUCCUUGGGCUUAGGACAAACAUCUUCAACAUAUUCUAAUUCUUACGUUCAUGGAAUAUACCCUAGGUCAUUACAUGUAUUUAUUAAGUACAGUAUGAAUGUCAUACAAAGUGGAGUUCAAAUCUUUGUGGUUAAUAUAAUUAGAUUAUUUAUUUGUAUAGUCAAAGCAGAAGCAUGUUUAUGUACAGCCAGAUUAGUUCUAUAUAUACAUAUAAUAAUCAUACAUACUAUUAACCUUUUGAUGCAGAUAUCUAUAAUAAAGUUCUAGCAAA